UAGGGCACUCCCACCACCAGCAAAGCUACAUGAAAGCUUCAAGCUUCACGGCUCUCAGAUUGCAGUUCUCAGUUUGGUAUAAAAGGUUUUGGACUCCACACUGAUCAGAGGGAACGAUGGGUGACUUUAAAGGUAGUGUUACUGCAGCUGCAAUCAACCUGGCAGAAGAUGCACCGUGGAAAAAGAUACAGAAGAACACCUUCACGCGCUGGUGCAACGAACACCUGAAGUCUGUGGAGCUGCAGAUCAGUGAACUAAAGUUCGAUCUGAGCGAUGGCCUCAUCCUUAUCUCGCUGCUGGAGGUCCUGAGCCAUAAGAGGAUGUUUCGAAAGUACCACACGCGACCCACUUUCAGACAGCUCAAGCUAGACAAUGUUUCAGUGGCUCUGGAGUUUUUGGAUCGUGAAAAAGUUAAGUUGGUGUCUAUAGACAGUAAGGCCAUAGUGGAUGGGAACUUGAAGCUGAUCCUGGGUCUAGUAUGGACCCUGAUACAGCAUUACUCCAUCUCCACCCCGGUGUGGGAGGAUGAGGCAAACGAUUCUGUCUCCAAACUGACUCCAGAGAUGAGGCUUCUGGGAUGGAUCCAAAACAAAGUCCCUGAGCUCCCCAUAACUAACUUCAGCCAGGACUGGCAGGAUGGCAAGGCCCUUGGUGCAUUAGUGGAUGGACUGGCACCAGGCUUGUGUCCUGACUGGGAGAGCUGGGACACGGUGCAUCGGGUGAGUAACACUAAAGAAGCCAUGCAGCAAGCAGAUGAUUGGCUUGGAAUUCCACAGCUCAUAGCCCCAGAGGAGAUUCUUGAUCCAGCUGUGGAUGAGCAGUCAGUGAUGACAUAUCUCUCACUUUUCCCCAAAGCCAGACUGAAAUCUGGAGCUCCACUCAAGCCAAAGAAAGUGCCUAAACCCAAAGCCUGUCGUGCCACAGGACGGGGACUGCAGUCCAAAGGCAUGAGAGUAGGUCAGCUGGCCCAGUUUAAGGUGGACACCCACAAAGCUGGGCCUGGAAAUCUGGAGGUCAAUAUUAGAGACCCCAGUGGUAAGGAAGUGGCUGUUACACAGAAGGAUGCUCAUGUUGGUGUAUAUACCUUUGAAUAUACACCCACUGCUACAGGAGAUCACACAGUGGACAUCACUUGGGUUAAUCAGCACAUUGCCAAGAGCCCGUUUAAAGUCCAUGUUGGUUCAAAAGCUGGGCCACAGAAGAUCCGGGCAUGGGGACCAGGACUUGAGGGAGGGACUGUGGGUUUGUCAGCUGAUUUCUUAGUGGAAUCUGUUGAUGCAGAUUCUGGCAUGCUGGGUUUCGCCAUUGAAGGUCCAUCUCAGGCAAAGAUUGAGUGUGUUGACCAUAAUGAUGGCUCUUGCCUCGUGCGGUUCUGGCCAACUGAGGCCGGUGAGUAUGCUGUACACGUAAUGUGUGAUGAUGAAGAAAUCCAGGACAGUCCCUUCAUGACCUCCAUCAGACCAAAGAGAAAAGACUUCCACCCUGACAAGGUGAAAGUAGAAGGACCAGGUGUUUCCCAAACUGGCUGCAUAGCGAACCUUCGAACCGAAUUUACUGUAGAUACCAAGCGAGCUGGUGAAGGAGAACUUAAAGUUUAUGCUCAGAGAGCAGAUGGAGAGUUUGUAGAUGUUAUUGUUGCUUCUGAACAAUCUGGUGUCAUUGUCUGCUCCUACAUCCCUUCAUCUCUCUCCAAACACACCAUUGCUGUGGCUUGGGGAGGAGUCAUGGUUCCUGGCAGUCCUUUCAUUGUGACACCUCGCAGGAUUAAGAUUACACCAUGUAGCCCAGUCUGGUUUAAACCAGAUGGAUCGGAAAUGUAUUACUCUGAUGACGAGAUGGACCUUGAUGAAGACUUUCCAGAGAACUUUGGCCAUGGAGAACUUGUUAUGAACAUAGUUAGCCCAUCAAACAUCCAAGCCGAUGCCACAAAGGUAUUGAGUCUUAUGCUUUUUGUGCAUUCACUUGAACAGUGUAGUAUCAGAUGUUGUUUGUUUCUUCAGGUAAAGGCUCAUGGUCCAGGCCUAAAAGAAGGUUUUCUUGGAGAACAGGCUGAGUUUAUCAUUGACACAAGCAGAGCAGGCAGUGGAAGGCUUGCCGUAAGAGUGGAUGGACCCUGUGAAGUUACACUACAAUGUCUGGACAAUCAAGAUGGCACUUGUACACUGUUUUACCUUCCUACAGAGCAUGGGAUGUACAAAAUAAAUGUCCUUUUUGACAACUCUCACAUAACUGGCUCUCCAUUCCAGGCUGUUAUACAGAAGCCGAUUGAUCCCUCUAAGGUUUUGGUAACAGACCUUGAUCUGCUACAGGGGAAAGUCGGUGAACCUUGCAUUGUAAAUAUAGACUGUGCAAUAGCAGGAUCUGGAGCUCCAUCUGUGCAGGCUAUCUCCGACUCAGGAGUCAUUGUCCAAACCGAAGUGAAGGAGAAUGAAGAUGGCACCUACACAGCUGUUUAUGUGCCUCUAACUGGAGGCGUAUAUACACUGCUUCUGAAAUAUGGAGGAAAGGAGGUGCCCUUUCGUAAAGUUAUGGUGAAUCCAAAGGUCUGCAAAAGCCAUGUAAAAGUGAGCAGACAAGGCGUUGUGGUUAGUGAUUGCGAAACUGACACAUGUCAAGUUGUUGCAAAUGGUUUGGGUCUCCAAAAGGGCCUCACUGGACAUCCUAAUGUGUUUAGUGUAAACGCCAGCAGAUCUUCAGUUGAUGAUCUGGACAUAACAGUGGAGGGUCUGUCUGAGUGUCACGUGACAUGUAAAGACAGCGGUGAAGGCAUGUAUAAUGUGGAAUAUACUCCUUCAGUGCCUGGUGACUAUAAGAUCACCAUUACCUGUGGAGAGAACCACAUUCCAGGAAGUCCAUUUAUUGCAUCAGUGAAGGAUGUUUCAAUUACUGCAGACUCUGGAGUCUGUCUGCAGUCAGGGAUUUGUGCAUCUACAAAUACUGAUACUCAUGGUUCUGGAGUGCCAGAGAUCAAAUACAGUGAAGAUGGGAUUUACAGAUCAUGUCCACCUCCAUCAAUGGAAGACAGGGAUUCCUUCAUAGGUCCUCAGAGACCUUGUGGAAGCAGCAACCCCAUCCAGUUCCAAGCACUGCCUAAUUGUGACCGUAAUACAGAGCUUCCCUCGGCUCGUGGUGGGAAUAUGGCAGAGAUUAUUGUUCCUGGUAUUAAAGGUGGAAUCUGUGCUAGAACCCCCCAAAGUUUUACUAUUGACUGCAGUAGCAGUGGAGAAACACCAGAGACUGUUGCUGUGAUGAGACCUGAUGGUUCCAUGGAGCUUCUGGAGCUGACAUACAGUGGAGAUGGCAGUUAUACUGUUGUCUAUUUGCCCACCAUGGAUGGCUGUCAUUUAUUAAUGGUGAAAUUCACUAAUGAUGAGAGUUUUAAUCGACAAUUCGGGUUUGAAGUGUUGCCAAUAGAUGACACUGCUCAAGUUGAUGUAUCAGGACCAGGUCUGACAUCAGGGAUGUGUGCCUGGCGUCCUCAAAUAUUUACUGUCGACUGCACCUGCACAAGAAAAGUUCCACAGUUUGUUGCAAUAAUGACACCAGAUGGCUUGACUGAGACAAUAGAGGUUGAAGACAAUGGCGAUUGGACAUACACUGUGAACUACACUCCUUCAAUGGAAGGGCUUCAUUCUUUGAUGGUCAAAUAUGCUGAAGAUAAUUCCUUUUGCAGUCCUUUCAAUUUUCACGUGUUGCCUGUGCCUAAUUCUGAUGAUAAACACUGUGGAGGUAAAGGCUCAAAGAAUGGUACUCCAGUUUUUGGAUUGGGCUUAGAGGCGCAAGUGUGUGUAAACACUCCUCAGACCUUCACAAUCAAUGGCAGUAGCACUGGAGAGCCGCCAGAGACUGUAGCUGUUGUUACACCUGAUGGAAAAGUCAAGCUAUUAAAUGCAAAAGACAAUGGAGAUGGAACGUACUUGGUGUCGUACUCCUCUUCUGCUGAAGGAUCUCACUCAAUUAUGGUCAAAUAUUCCAGUGACGAUUCCUUUAGAAGUCUUCUCAGGUUUCAUGCAAUACCUUCUCACUCUGGUAGCAAUGUUAAAGAUGUCUUAAAUAAAGAGGAACUUUCGAGUCAGGAGGGAAGUGUCCACGCUAAGGCUCCUCAGAUAUUUGCUAAUGGCUGCAGUGUGGCACCAGAGACUGUCACCACAGUGAAAGCUAACACUCAGAACCGUUCAAUCAACCUUGCAGAUGUGAUGGACAACGAGGACAGAACUUGUGCACCAAAUAUGGAGGGCUCUAAUUCCGUAAUGGACAAAUACAGCAGUGAAGAGACUUUUAGAAGCAACUCUGAGUUCCCGGAAGACUUGACAGUUGAACAUACUGAACCAAAGGUUUGUGCUCAAAUUCCUCAGUCGUUCAAAAUCAACUGUAGUAAAUCCGGGAAGCCCCCUGCGUGUGUGCUGAUGAUCACCCCCAACGGAAAGACUGAACUGACAGAGGUUAAAGAAAAUGCAGAUGGGACUUACUCUGUUAAAUAUUUUCCAAACAUAGAAGGUCUUCAUUCUUUGAUGGUCAAAUAUGCUGAUGAAGAGUCAUAUUGCAAUCCUCUGAGAUUUCAUGUCCUGCCUCACUCUGCUAUGAAGGAUCAACAUGUAACCAAUACAACUGAGGUUUGUGGUGGACAACUAAAGGAAGAUGUCUGUGCUCAAAUUCCUCAGGAUUUCACAACUUGCUGCAACACUAGUGAGGCCCCAGAGAUUGAGCUUAUGAAAGCGGAUGGCAGUACAAAACUUGUUGAAGUGUUAAAUAAUGAGAGCAAGAUCAGUGCUGCAAAACACAAGCCCUCCGCUGAAGGCUCUCACUCCUCAGCUGUCAGAAAUCCCAGUGAGGAGGAUUUUCAAAGUCACCAGCCGUCAUCCUCAUGCAAACCUCAAGGUUUUCAAAACAAGGUUGAGGGCAGAAAUGUAAAUCCUCUUGGUGCCAUUAAUCAAGCAGGGUUUCUAUCAUGUGAUAUAGUCCUGCCAUCAAACUUAAGUGAAGGUGAAAUUACAGGUGAGGUGAUCACGCCGUCUGGAAAGACAACACAGCCCAAUGUGAUUGAUGAUAAAGACGGUACCAUCAUUCUAAAGUUUGAUCCUUCAGAAGAGGGUCUUCACCAGCUACUUAUUAAAUCAUCCAGAAGUGAUUUACCAGAACUUCCACUGCAGUAUUAUGCAAAUAGUCUUGCUAAUCGCAGCUCUAUGGCCUAUGGACGUGGCCUUGUGUAUGGAAUUGCAAAUGAGACGGCAACAUUCACCAUCUGUCAGGAAGAUUCAGCCUCGAGUGAGCUGGACAUCACAAUUGAGGGUCCAUCUGAGGCAGAUGUGCGCUGCGUGGACAAUGAAGAUGGCACUUGUACCGUGAGCUACUUCCCAACUGAGCCUGGAGAUUAUGAGAUCCAGAUUCAACAUGAUGACGUGCCUAUCCGAGGUAGUCCCUUCAAGUCCAGAAUUGCUGAUGGUAAUGUGAGAAGGUCACAGGUAAAACUGGGCAGUGCGGUUGACUUUACCCUGGACAUCACUGAAGAAGAUAUAAGCCAGCUCUCUGCCAGCAUCAUGUCACCCGCAGGCAAUUAUGUACCCUGUUUGCUGAAAACACAACCUGACAGCCAUCUCGGUGUAUCAUUCAUCCCCAGAGAGGCUGGUGAGCAUCUGGUCAGCAUCAUGAAGGACGGUGAGCAUGUGAGCAACAGUCCCAUCUCUCUUUCAAUCAGUCAGGCGGAGAUAGGAGAUACCAGCAAGGUGAAGGCCUUCGGCACCGGCUUACAUACAGGGCGCACCUUCUGCACAUCUGAAUUUGUGGUUGACACUUGGGAUGCAGGAUAUGGUGGGCUAACAGUUGUAAUUGAGGGUCCCAGUAAAGUAGACGUUCACACUGAGGAGCUGGAGCACGGAACCUGCAAUAUAUCAUACUGCCCAAUCAAGGCUGGGAAUUACAAAAUCUCCAUUAAAUUCUCAGAUGAACACAUUCCAGGGAGUCCUUUUACAGCUGUGGUGACAGACCGUGGGUUUAUGAGAGAGAACAUCACGUACAACCAGAAAGCAGCUCCUAUUGCCAGCGUUGGGAGUGAAUGCAGUUUAGCCUUCAAAAUCCCAGGUACUGAUGCUCAGACUCUGUCUGCUUAUGUGCAUGAGCCCUCAGGACGUCCAGGAGAGGCUGUUAUUGUUGCUACAGGCAGUGACACCUAUGCAGUGAGCUUUCUAGCUAAAGAGAAGGGAGUUUAUAAUGUGACUGUAAAUAACCAAGAUCAGACAAUCCCUGGUUGGCCACUGCAGUACACCGUCGGCCCACUUGGACAGGGAGGAUGUGAAAAGGUCCAGGUGUGGGGGAAAGGCCUUCAAAAAGCUCUGGCAAGUGUUCCAGCUGACUUUAAUAUUUGGUCCCGUGAGGCCGGAACGGGAACUCUGUCUGUCUCAGUAGAGGGUCCUGGAAAGAUUGAGCUCCACUUUGACGAUCAGCUGGAUGGUUCUUGCAUUGUGUCCUAUACUGCUCAAGAGCCUGGUGACUAUGAGGUUUCAGUCAUGUUUGAUGAGGAGCAUGUUUCUCAAAGCCCUUUCUAUGUGACUGUCAGUGCCGGCACAGAUAAGAGUCUCUCACAAGGACAAAAUUGCUCUGCCGUAGAUCAUAAUCAGAUGUGUAACAGCUAUGAGGAACCCUCUCUGUCAGACAUGGAGAUAAACACAACAUCUGACAGCAGUGCUGAGCCAGUUUUCCUGUCUGACGCUAGUAAAGUCAUCUGCCAUGGCCCAGGCCUGAGUAAGGGCUUUCUAGGACGCAAAAACACUUUUUAUGUGGACUGCAGUAAAGCUGGACAAAACCUUCUUUUUGUUGGCAUGCAUGGCCCCACCGUCCCCUGCGAGCGGGUGUCAAUCAUUCACAUGGGCGGACAUCAGUACAGGAUCAACUACGCUGUGAAAGAAAGAGGAAAAUACAUAUUAGCAGUGAAGUGGGGAGAUGAACACAUUCCAGGAUCUCCAUUCCAUAUUACUGUUCUGUGAAAUAC